UCAGGUCUGUGGGAGAUUGGAAUACUCUAGUAAUUUUUUUUUUUUUUCUGAAAUAAGAGAUCCUGUUGUUUUUAAGACAGAGGAGAAACUCAUCAAUUUCAAAAUGUCAUCAGUCAAACGCUUGGUUUAUGCAUUCAUCCAUUUCUUGAGAGAACAGAGUCAGACGGAUACUUUCACUCCAGAUGAACAAGAAAGCUUGGAAGUUGCAAUUCAGUGUCUGGAGACUGUGUUUAAGAUUAACUUGGAAGAUACUCAUCUUGCACCUCCACAGGAUUUGAUAGAAAUGUUCACAAAUUCUUUCCACAAGAAUGACAUGCUGCCUCUCUCAGAUUCUUUACCAGAGGAUGUUGAAAAGGCUGACCAACUGAAGGAUGAAGGUAAUAAUCAUAUGAAAGAAGAAAAUUAUGGUGCUGCAGUGGAUUGUUAUACUAGGGCUAUAGAACUGGAUCCAAACAAUGCGGUCUAUUACUGCAACAGGGCUGCUGCUCAAAGUAAGCUCAACAACUACAGGGAAGCAAUAAAGGAUUGUGAGAGAGCCAUAGCAAUAGAUCCAAAGUACAGCAAAGCAUAUGGGAGAAUGGGGUUGGCUCUGACCUCAGUGAAUAAAUAUGAAGAAGCAGUUACCAGUUACCAAAAAGCACUGGAUCUUGAUCCAGAGAAUGACUCUUACAAGUCAAAUUUGAAAAUAGCAGAACAGAAACUAAGAGACAUGUCCAGUCCUACUGGAACUGGACUGAGUUUUGACAUGGCAAGCUUGAUAAAUAAUCCUGCUUUCAUUAGUAUGGCAGCAAGUUUAAUGCAGAAUCCUCAAGUUCAACAGUUGAUGUCAGGAAUGAUGUCAAACGCCAUUGGUGGCCCUGCUGCGGGUGUUGGUGGCCUGUCAGAUUUGUCCAGUCUGAUCCAUGCGGGGCAGCAGUUUGCACAACAGAUACAGCAGCAGAAUCCAGAGCUCAUAGAGCAACUGAGAAACCAUGUCCGGAGCAGAUCUUUCAGUGGCAGCACUGAAGAGCAUUCCUGACUUAAAGGAGAUGUGUGAAUUGGAAUGGUAUAUAAUCCCAAAAUGCAUACCAUAGUUAGUAGCAAAAGCACCAUUGUAACUCUUCUGCUUGAAUAGAAGACAGAAAAUUCUUUGUGUGUGUUGGCAAACUAGAAUAAAUCUGUUAAACAGAUCUAUUGCACAUAACUUCAAACAUACCGUUUAUGUAUAGUUACUCCUCUGAAAAUUAAUACACUAAAUAGGUAUUGAAAUCCCCAAGUACAAAUCAUUUUCAGUAUGUGCAUUAGAUUGAUCUCCAGGGCUAUUGAAUGCAGAGUCUUGUGGGGGGCUGAUCUUGCGUAACAGCUUAAUUCUAAAAUGCUAGUGUAAACGGCACAUUAUUCUUAUGGUGAAGUUCAUUAUGGCUGUACUCCCUGUCAAAUAUUGAAACAGAAGGCCCAUCUGAUGUGCCCUUUUAUAAUGAACAUAAAUCAGUGUUGGGAGUAGUAUAGAGUGUACUUAAAACUAAUGCUUAGAAAGUCUGUUUCUUCAAGCCUGUGGAGGGGCUGUCAUUAGUAACAUGAAAUAUUUUUCAAAUUCAUUGGGCAUAGGGGAAGGAGACGAUUGCAUAGGAGUACCACAGAAUGCAGAGAAAGAGAAGACACUAAUCCUGAGUAAAAUAAUACACAGAAACCAAAAUAGAACUUGGCUUGGGAAAGAGUGUUAUGGAGUUUUACGCUUUUCUGCUGCCAUGUACAUCCUCAAAUCACGAUGGUAGCCCUGGAGGUCAGCAUUAUGGCACUAUUUUCCUAGGCAUGGCAAACUGUAUUACAUUCCACAUGUAUGCAGUAUUUAACAUAAGCUUUAAAUUCUUAAUUGUAAUAAGCUAAAACUAGUCCUGUGACUGUACAAAUAACUAGUACUGAAAAUUUAUCAAAAAAUAACUGCCUUAGAAGGAUUCUUUCUAUUCUUGCAUGGUAAAUGACUGGCUUAAACAAUUAAGGAUUUUUUUUUUUUACGUUUCGUUACACAUACCUAUCUUAAGUGAUGGUUAUAUGACCAAGUUAAAGAUUCUUCCACUCUGUAAUAUUUCUGUUCCUACCCUGGCUUUUCUAGCUUAGUGAAUCUUAGAGAUCACUGCUUUUCUGUAUUAUGAUGUUAGCUUCUUUUUUAUUCUGCUUACUGUUCAUGAUGCUUUCUGGUACAAGGUACAGUUGUUUUUACUUUAGAGAGGUUCUCAACACUCACACUUUCCUCUUUGUAUAUCAAAAACUGAUUUGAGGAACCUGCUUUGAUUUCUAAGACAGACUGAUUUCUGAUGGCCAGUUAGACUUGAGAAGGUAUGUGGAGGAAGGUAUGUGGAGGAGUAACAGUAGACUCCCAAAUGGAGAAAUACACAGGAACUCCUGGAUUCCAGACAUCAUAUCUGAUUCAUCUUGCAGGCAGAAAAGAGCACCUCGAAUAGAAGCAAAUACAAAAUCUGGGGCGAAGUCAUGUCCUGACUAACAAAUGCCAGUUGUGCAUUUAUUGUGUGAGUAUUCCCCUACUAAAACGGGUAAAAUAUGCAGAUGGAUCCAAGGGGAAAUUAAGAGAAUUGGAUAAAACACAAAAAUAGGAAAUCCAUAUUACCAUUUGAUGAAUAAAGUGGUAAAGUUUAAUAGAGAAACUUAACUUUAAGACAUUUCAUACUUUAUUCAAUAGAGCUUGCAUAUAUACACAGCAUUAAAAUUAUUUUUAAAAAUUCUAUAUUUAAGUUGCUGUAGCUGCCUUUCUGAGGCUUUAAAGAUAAGCCUUACAUUAAAUACAUUUCCAAGUAACAGGUAUUGACUUAACAUCUGAUGACAAAGAAGAAAAUCCCUAACAGGAUUUUUUUUUCUGAAGUAGUUCAGAUCCUGAAUCUAGUCCAUUCAAGAAAACUGCCACUUAAGUUCAGUUACAUUUAAUAGGACAGGAUACCAUUUACAAGAAAGAUCAAUGGAGGCUGUAGGUGGACUACAACUACUGUACAUUGCUUAGAAUAACGUGUGCUUCAGGAGAAAAGCAUUGCUCCGAGCAUACCUCCUGUUAAACUUCAUGGUUCCUCUUAGUUUUCUCUUUCAAAUGUCAGAGUAAAUUUUACUAAUUUUGAUAAGGGGAACCAAUAAAUCCAGAGUGGACUGGGCAGCACUGCAGUAUCUUUCAUACAUUUAUCCUUUGUGACAGCAACCUUCAUGCAGUCAUCUUUCUACUUUAAGACCGAAGUGUCAAGAACCUCUUCAGAGUUCCUUAAGAACUACAAAAUAUGGGAGUAUUAUAAGACUGGCUGUAGAAGUUGUACUAUGAAAUACAAGCCCUAUAGUUAUCUGGAUUUAUUGGAGAACUAUCCCCAAGGUUAAAUGAAAUGAAGCGUUGGUUAGUUACUUGAAAACAACUCUUGAAAUCAUCUUAUAGAGUGGUAACUUAUUUCACAUACUACAGUAUUUUCAUGUUUAGGUUUUACUCCAGUACAAAAAUAUGUAACCAGAAUAUUUAUUAAAACAUUGAUGGCAUUAGCUAACCCUUUAGGAAUGUGCUAUGACUGGCACAAUACUUAACUUGUUAAAGUUCUUUGUUUCUGGUAUAUUAACAUAAAGGGCUUUGUAGCCUAACUAAAAAACAGUUAAAUCAAUAAUAGGAGCUGUCAUUACACGCUUUCCCAUUGAAAUCGGGACAGAGGGAUCAUUUAUGCUGAAGUCUAUCUUGCCUCGAAUAGGCUAGAUUGUUUCACAGUCAUGCAAUAUGUCUUUAUCACAGGGUGAGAUCAGAAUCUUUUCCUGUGUAAUAACUGCACUUUAUUUUGCACUAAUUUUUUUCAUCCUGCUAGAUCAAGUGGUAAACCAUAAUCCCUGUAAAUACUGCUUUAAUUUAAGGUCAACUGCAUUUUAUCAUUCAACUGAGCAAAUAUGCAUUUAACACCAAAUUGGUUUCAUAUCAUCACUGUUCCAUCAGCAUAUAAGUGUGAUAAUUGUUAGAGAAGAAAUUGUUUUGCACUCAAAUUGUAAACUGUAACCUUGCAUGGAAUUAUGCUCUUCUAACUAUGCCUGAUCAUAAAGACACAAUGAAAUACUCAGCUUAGAAAUUGUUUUAGUUGCCCUUUUGGUUUUGUAACAAGUACAAAGUAAAAUCAGUCAUGCAUACUGAGAAAGAACAAAGUGUGCAGCUUUGGAUUCAUACACAGUUUCAGGGCCACAGGAAGUCAUACUGGCAAAAUGCAGCUUGUCCACCAUUUCUGUAUCUGUCCUACCUCUUAUUAUCAUAUGGUGACAUCUCCUUCGACUUGGUUACAUCUCAUUCAACUUGUGUCAGUUUAACUUGAAAACAGAUUAUAAAUAAAGUUAUUUACAUUUUUUUGUCUG